UUAGCCGCUAGUGAGGAUUUCUUGUUGCUUCUUGCGCUUGUUGUUACUUUACGCCGGCGCAGACGACAGAAAAGACGUAAUGUAAGGCCUCAAAGGUUUUGGCUUCGAGAAAUCUUUCGUAAUCGCAAAAGAUGUGGGGAAUUUCACAAUCUUGUACGGGAACUUCGACUUGGUGAUCGUGAGCUGUACUUCAAGUGAGCUACAUUUUACUUGUGUUUAAUUAAAUUCCUGUGAGACCAAAUAAUCAAUUUGUACCCUGUCUACCUCCCUCUAAUAUAUCCACUACAAAUCUUUAAAAACCAAAUACGUAUGUAAUAGUCUAAUGCAAAGGAAAACAGAUCAGUAAGCCGUGAAUUAAAUAAGGUAACUAGUCGAUGUGGUAGUUCUGAAUUCUUGAAAUUACUGCGAAGCAAACUUCACAAAAUUAAAUGUACCCAGGAAAAAAACCAAACAAUUAAAGGAAAUAACGGCUAUUAAGUUUGAGGCUGGGUAGAAGACUAAGACUACUGUUAAACUAUAUUGUGCACAGUACAGCAUCAACAAACUUGUGAAAAUCAUUGUUUUUUUAAAUUUGCUUUAACUAUACAAUUUUUGUAAAGCGCCGCGGACAAGAAAUGGAUCGUUUGAGCUAUAAAAGCAUUUUAUUAUUUUUAUUGUUAUCAUUAUUUUCCCGAUACAAACACAUGUCACCAUGUCAGCCCACUCAUCUCAAAGCAUACUACCAAAUUAAGGGAGCCAGUCUCAGCCACAGAAAGACUGGCUCUGACUUUAAGGUUCCUAGCAUCUGGGAAUAGUCAACAGACAAUGUCAUUCUCUUAUCGUGUUGGUAGACAAACAGUCAGUAGUAUCAUCAAGGAGACCUGCCAUGCUAUUUGGCAGGUGCUUAAUGAAAAGUAUUUGAGAGCACCAAGUUUGCCUGAUGACUGGGAGGACAUAGCAGAAGAGUUCAUGCAACUGUGGAAUUUUCCUCAUUGCAUCGGCGCCAUCGACGGUAAACACAUUGCCAUUGAAUGCCCAGUCAACAUUGGUUUUCUAUAG